UGUAAAUUGCGGUAAAAAAAUGUAUACUCACACAGUGUGGUUUUAUAUUAAGUAUAUAGCUUGAUACAGAUGAACCUCGAUAAAUACAAAGGUAAUCGCAUAUUGAGGAUAAAGGUAAACCACUAAUACAACACAGCAUACCUGUAGCUCACCUUCGACACUUAUAGACACAUAUACAUGUACCUUAGGAGGUCGAAUAGACUUCUAAUGGGAUGUGUUUUUGCGACGCUGUGUACAUACGCACAUUACACAUUGCGCACAUGUCAACUUGAAAAUACAUUGCAUCGGUUAAGACUUUGUGUAUACCAAAUACAUUUUACUAAGGGAGUCUGCGUUCGUUAAGUGUCAGUUAAAUCAGACAAAAUGAAAGGACUACCAUGGACUAAUAUGUUGGAUUGAUAUAAACCGGUAUAUGAAAAACGACAAUAUGUAAAUAAAAAGUACUUUAAGGCGUGCAUUUAUCGUUAACGAAGUUUUCCAGAAUUUGAUACACACAAAUUGGAUACAAAUAAUAAUCUUGGAUACGAUACGUUAUCGGGUAGGUGGAAUGCAAGAACUUAAUAAUCAAGCUGUACUCGACUCACGAUCGUGUAUGGAUAAUCCACAGAAGGGAACCAGCCUACCUAGUAAAUACAAACACACACGUUACAUGUUUGUAAUCUAAUCCGCUACAGCUGAUUUGUAUGAAGCUAUAUUUACAUGUGUAGAAUCAACAUUAAUCAAUCCCAGUGAUAAGCAAACUGUUAAUUGAUUUUAGCCUCUUAGACAUGAUUUACGCUGGUAUCACACACAUCAUUCCCAAGACAGAUCUGUGGAAAAGACUAUAGUAAUCUGAUCUGAGAAGGCCAUGACCAGAAACGCAGAAGCAUUUGGCCAGGAAGUUCAAUUAGGCAGUUAGAAACAGGGACUUUGGCAUGACAUUUUCGUAGAGAGUAAAUAACUAGAUAUGAUAGAUAUAGUGUUUUCAUAGAGCUUAGACACUUAAACACUGGGGAAAUGAAAAUACUAAAAUUACCUUACGGCUAUAGAACAGUUUGACACUAUAACACUUGUUUUAUGUUGAAUAAAUGCAUGACUCUUUGAUUUCAUAACCUAGUACAUAUGGCACUGUAGGUGAACAUUGCAGCUUUUGGAAUUACCAUUUCUGGCACAAUAUCGACAGUACAUGCAGUGAACAUAAUUAUCGUCGUUUGUUUGGUUCUGUUCAAAGCCAUUGGUACCGGAUACAGUACUUAUAUUCAAGGCAACAAUUUUCUUCAAGAAGAGGAAACGAUUCCCAGAAAUCAAUUAAACCACAGAUGGAUAGUUAUUGAGCUGUCACUGUACCAGGCACAUGUAUACAUCACAGUUUAUUACAAUCAACUGCCAUAUGGGAUAGCAGGUUAAUAUCAUGCUAUUAGGAACUCAAUAUUUCAGAGAACGUACAAUAUUUGAACAAUCUUAAUAUGUAUGUACAGUGAACACGUGUACGAUCCUUAAAGAAAACAUAAGCGAAUACAUCUAUAACGUAUAGCCAUUCCAUGAAGACCAUCUGCACUUAAAAAGCGAACAACGUAAAUAUGAUCUCUAUUCUACGCAAAUAACACGAACAUCAGAUGGCUGUAUCAGCUAGAUAAUGAGCAAGGGAACUAUAUGGCAAUUGCGAAACAGGGUAUAGAUAUUGUUCAAUCAGAAGCCAUAAUAAAAAGAAAUGACUAAUCUUUAAUAUUAAGUAGUCGUAAAGAAUUGUGGUUUCCAGCACAAACCAUCGCUAUCAAAUUAGACGCUAUCAUCUCUGCACCAGGAAGGGGAACAUUGCAUAUAAAUCAAUAUCUCUGAGAUGCCAUUCGUCGUUGGAUUGCACUGAAUACUGCCAGCACUCUACAAGAGGACAUUGUAAAGAGACCAGCCCGACCUUUUGUAGUCUUGGUCUAGGAAACAUCAAUACUUGCGAUAUGCUUUAGUGUAACUGUUAUUAGAGAAAACAAAGAAAACGAAUAGAUGUCAAAGCCGCUAAAGAAACUGGACAAGGCAUCACUGAUUUAUUGGAUACGUCUGUAAAUCUGCCAGAAACAACUGAAGUAUAAAGCAUUCUCAUUACAAGACAUAUACUUGUACGAAUGCGAAAAUUGUGCCUCAACGCAAAACGGAAUCUUAAGGAGUAUCGAUUAUACAUUACACUAAGUAACCUUCAAGGAAUAAUACUUGUAAAGUCUGAAUCACAAUUGAUUGAUUAAUUGUAAAUUUUAUAAACGAAUUGCAUAAUACUGAUUACCACUUUAGACCAUGGCAAUGGCGCUUUUGAUACAUUCCUAUAUGGUAAAGCUAUUUUACUGGCUCUUGAUGGUGCAGAUAGGAGGGAUAUUAAUACAUGUCCAAGGUUUAAAGUAUAGCUUUGCAUGUAACAGUGUGAAGCUCUCAUGCGGCCCGCGACACUUCAUCAAGGUCGUGGAUGCUGUUUAUGGUCACAGUCACCAGAAAUGUAGAACGAGACCACACCCCAACCUACAUACCCCAGACCAGAGCUGUUCGGUGUCCUUGAAGCAGUACAACCCUCAGUGGUUCAGAGAUGAUAUAUUAGAGACAUGUAAUGCCCGGCAACAAUGCCAACUGAUCCGUAAAAGGCGGACGAUUCUAUGCCAGGAGAAAUUUAGCGAUAUUAACUACAUUAAUGUAUCAUAUGAGUGUAUUCCUACGAGAGAACUCGCCGAUGUGUGUACCGAUUUUCAAACUCAGCUCCAUACGGGUUACCUCGAGAGCCCGGGUUACAUCCCCGGGACGCAACCUCCAAACAUCCCCGAUGGUGUCCCCCCAGUAUACACCAUGGAUGCCUCAUGUAGGUGUAAGCUCACGAUCCCCCAGCCAUAUGUCGUGAGGAUCAGCGUCGAGGAGUUAACAUUGAACCCAACGUACUGCGAUAACUCAGAUCAGAUGUUCAUAUUCCGUAAUGGGGAGAUAGGGUCAAAUUAUACCUGUCCGAUAAAGCUGUUGUACUCCACACUGAUGACGUCAUCAUUAUUGGAGGAGGUAGAGAUCGUAUACAAACAUAACAUAGGUAACCCAAAUGGAGGGAAGAUGCUAAUCAAAUAUGAAGCGAUGGCAGAUGAAGCUGAUGUUGUAGCUACUGAAGCUAGUGUGACAGUGAAGUGUGGUGUGUUUGCGAGAGAGGCAAUUUACAUACCAGAGACAACCAUUGAACCCGUUGUACCAGCUGUUACUCUACAAACUGAUUCUUCUAAGAUGAUUACUGCCAAGGCCGAGAGCAACGAUCGAAACAAAGCUGUAAUGGGUAUGUUUAUCGGUGCCAUCAUGUUCUUCAUUCUUGCUAUCCUCGUGCUGAUUGCUGCCAUAGUGCUUUUCUGCCACAAAAGAAAGAGAAACACAGCAGAAUCCGACGAAUCUAAACCUAAUGCAGUCCCAUUAUAUGUAGAGUAUGAUAACACAAAUAGAAUCGCUAGACUAACACCGCCUACUGAAAAUGCCCCUGAUAUUCCACGUACAAAUCCACCUAGCCCAUUUUAUAAUAAACCAUUUGAUCCUCAACUAUCUACAAAGAAGACUAGUGGCAUUUAUAGCGAGCCGCAUGUGCAUCUAUCAACAUCUAAACCUAAAGACCAUGAAUACUCAUAUGCGUAUACUAGUAUACUUAACAAACAAGAUGGUGAUCAUCCACACAUGGGUAAAUCCCCCGGUGAUCCAGAAAGUGACUUAGAAAAAGGUGCAAAUCGACAAAGGAAUAGUUAUGUCAAUGUGCCAACUGAUAUACAUAGGAAUAGCUAUGUUAAUAGACCCAGUGAUAAAGCUCCAAGAAACAGUUUUAUAACACUUGAGAACACAAACGUUACAAGUGAAAUUGAACCCAUCGUAAAGCCGUAUGAUCGGCUGAAAGAGGAUGCAAAAGGAGGUAUUGAGGAGAAAGACAAUAUUGAUAACGAGGCCUCACUAAGUAGCCCUAACACAAGUGCAAGUACGGAGGCAAGUUCACCUCUGAUCACCAAUACUAGCACGCUCGAGGGAGAAAUCAAUGGCACAACGACUGUCAAAACCUCCAGCGGUUCAAUGCCACCUUCCACUUCGAACUCGGAUAGCAAAACAGGUACAACUGGGGGGAGUACAGAUGAAAGUACCAUCAAAAAUAAUACUGGAAGUACCACAUUAGGCACAGCUAAAAGUACCACCAAACAAACGACUUCUAAAGGUCCCACUGGAAGUACCCCCGGCAUCACAACUGGAGGUACCACUAAGGGAGCAUUUGGAAGUACUACCGAAGACACAACUGGACAGACCACUGAAGGCACAACUGGAGGUACCUCCAACUUCACAACUGAGGGUACAACUGAAGACACCACCAAAAUUACUACCAGAGGUACCAUCAGUAGUACACCAGACGCUACUACCAAAAUCACAACUGGAGUUACCGCAACAGGUACAACUGAAGGUUCCACCAAAUAUACAUCUGGAGGUUCUACCAAAGGGACUUUUGAAAGUACAACUAAACAAACAACUGAAGGUUCAACCCAAAUCACAACUGGAGCUAAAACAACCACCAGAGGAACAACUGUAGAAACCACAAACGGGAAAAGUGAAACAACCCCCAAAGGAACAACUGUGGAAACCACCAAAGGAAAAAGUGAAACGACCACCAAAGGAACAACUGUAGAAACCACCGAAGGGAAAAGUGAAACAACCACCAAAGGGACAACUGUAGAAACCACCAACGGUUCAACUAAAGAUACCACUAAAUUUACGACCGGAGGUACUAAUGGAAGUUCCACCAAACGUUCAACUGGAGGUACCACCAAAAUCACAAUCGGCGGUACGGACAAAGUUACAACAGUGGGAUUGGUUAGAGAAACAAAGAAAGAUGGGCUACCUGUCUGGGUAUACAUCACAAUACCAGUUGCAUUUGUCGUCAUGGUGAUAUUAUCCGUUGUGCUGAUACUUCGCAGAUCCAGAAGAAUCGAGAGAAUUGACAACGAAUCUAACCAAGAUGGUGGAGAUAUAGAUAAGACUAAGACUGAUGUCGUUCAUAACACUUAUGAAAACAAGAUAACUGUUGAUGCAGUUGAUAGAAGCGGGCAUGACGAAACUGUGAAUAAACAUGACAAUGUAGCGAUCAUAAAUGAAACUGUUGUUAAACAAUGUGGUAAUUCUAACUUGACUAUUGUUGGUAGAGACGAUGGAAAUCACGUUUCUGUUUAUGAUAAAGUAAGUGAGCCACUCAAUCCGGGUAAUAAUGUAAAUGUUAAUGAUGUAAAUGCAGCAGGUGAAGCUCUUGGUUCUCAUGUACCUGGUUCUGUAGGGGAUGAAGGAAUUGAGGUUAUUGCUCUGAGUGAAAUAGAGGCUCGUAAAGAUUCUACUGUUGAUGAAUGCACUUCAUUAUAUGACCUUGAACAUGCUUCUAAAAUCGAUUAUAAAGAUGGACCACAAAACGGAACCAAUGUUGAUGCAACGAUGAAAGACUUACUUUCACCCAAUACUAAAACGAUCGUCAGUAAAGUCAAUUCAUUUGGAAAAGCUUGCCAAGUUAAAAAUGUAAUUCCAGUUACUUCCCAAGAUAAACCCAUAGAAAAGAUAUCAGAUUCUAAAAGUGACAUUGAUUCUGCUAUUAACGAAUUUAACGAGAGCAAAAUUGUUGAGAACAAAUCAGUAGAAAAACCAAGGAAAUCUCACUCUCCAAAUUUAUCUGUAAGCUCUCAAGUGGCAUUAGAAAGCAAAACAACGGAUUCAACAAGUGAAAAACAUAGGAAAUCUGAAAUUCAACACCACAAGCAAGAUGGUUCAAAAUCGACUCCGGCAACGAAAGACGACGAGAAAAUGGCCAGAAAACUUAAAGGGGAUCGGAAGUCUUCGUUGGAUGAAUCAUCUUUAAGGUCAAAUGCUGAACGUAAAAACUCCAGUAUUUAUGACCACCGGAGCUCAGUUGAUGGCCUCACUGGGGAUUUUCUUCAUUCCACAAUAUCAAAUUUGAAAAGAAUUGAGAAGACGAAUUCUGGUAAAUGUGUUGAUAGAGGUAUAGAUAAAGCGCCUGAUGAAAAUAUCUAUGAAAAUAGAACAGUUCAUUUGAUCGUGAACGCUAUUGAAACUGGACUGCGGAAUACCAACACAGAUGUAAAGAACCAAGGGCGUGAAAAUAAUACUAAGUCAGACAAAGAUAAAAUACAAAUCCAUGAUAAUACAAUAGAAAAGAAAAACAGUGAUGACUAUCAUGAAGAUAAACGAAUAAAAGAUAAUGAUUCAAACCCCAAUGAGAUAAGGGACGAAAGUAAAUCCCCGGAUUUUGAAGACUGUUCAAAUAAUCAAGAAAAUACUACAAAUGAGAAAACUAGCCCUUGUAACGAAACAAAGAAAGGAAAGAAAAGUAAAAAAGGGGGUUCACAAUCAGCUUUUCAAAGUUUAUAUGCCCUCAUCAGCAGGAAGUUAAAAGGAAAGACUCCGCUGGGUAAUAUAAAUGCAUCCGAGAAGGGCCAACCAUCUAACGAAUAUAGCUAUGCAUAUGGGCAGACAAAUGUCAAUCGAGAUCAAAUUGAUGAUCAUGUUUACACAUAUGCAGACCUUCCUUUACAAAAUGAAGCACCAGAUGACUUCUACAGUGAAAUACCAGUGUUAUCAAGCCAGAUUCCUCAACAACGUACACCUACAUCGUUUCAUGAUACAUCAAAUGAUCAAGAUGCAUGUCUGCGCAACGAUGAGUAUUCACUGGAAAAAACAACGAACGCCUCUGCAAACAGUGUUUACUCAUUUGAAAGAAAUAUAAGUAAUCCUUUGAAUGAUGAGUAUUUGUUGGAAACAUCUAGUCAGCAGCCAGAAAAUGCUCUCCCUAAGCAAUCAAGAAAACUCGAGACUAUAAACGAGGCCUUGACUCAAGAUGGAGAAAAUGAGAAUGAUGCGAUAGAGAUGCUAGACAAUGAUCUAUACAGUGGUCUGUCAGUUGUGAUCGAAAGCCCACAACAUGACAAACUUCAAGAUGAUAUUAAUGGGGCUAAAGUUAAAGAUCCUUGUAGAUCUACACACGUGGAAUGCCCAGAUGUGUUCCACAAUGAGAUCUACAGUGGACAAUCAUUUAUUGAGAGUGCCAAUGAGAAUGCCGCAUAUUCUCCUGUAGAAAGGAACGAUGAUGCGGCGGUAAAGCUUAGUGAACCAACACCGAUCAUGAUGGACAACGAUAUUUACAGUGGUGGAGCAACAUCAGUUGAAUCCCAACACGGUGUAAAACAACUCGAAGGAGAACAAAACCAAAUCAAAGAUGCAGUAUCAACCACUGAUAUUGUCAAUUUCGGAAAGAACCCUUCUGAAGUAGAGAAUCCCAGUCUGAUAGAUAACGAUUUGUACGACUCUUGUGAACUUAACAAAACAUCAAAAUCAUUUGAUAGUGAUGGAAUCGAUCUAGUCAACAAUGACAUUUACGAAAAAUCAACUGCAUUGUAACUAUGGCUAUUGAGCAAAAAUAUACUUGGGUCGUAAUAAUUAGCAAUGGUUUGAUGAAGGAGAGGCGAUCGAGAUCGUGAGCAUCCACAUGUUAUCCUUACAAUCCUGAUAGUUUUGUUUCAUGAAAACGAGAUUUAAGAUAAAUGAACAUGGACAAAUAUAGAAGAUGAUGAUUGGAGAUGACAAAUUGUCCAAUUUCAAAAUAAGUAUAUUGUAUUGUAUGAUGGCUCGAUUGUGACAUUUUUUUCAAAACAUUACCCUAAACAUGUUCAUUUUUACUUCUUUUAAGUAUACCGAGGCAUCGACAUCCCUCACGUGUUAUUUCUAUUCAUGCUCUAGUCAAAUAAGAGGAUUGGUCUUAUGUCUCGCAAGUGCGAUGUAAAAAAAUUUUAUCUGCUUUUUCACCGUUGUGUGUGCAUGUAUAUUCGAAUUCAAUACUCAAAUUGUCAAAAGCAAUUGUACAAUUUUUACGUGAAUGAUGUUCAGCAUAAAGCUGUUAAAAUUAUGAUAAUAGAUGUGUAUGAUAAAAAAUGAAUAACGAUGAAUUAAAAUAAAAC